CGAAACUCCACCAAGCGACAUUGCUUGCCGGAUGAAGUGUCGAACAUCAAGGCUAUUGAACAGCGCCAUGCACGGGCGGCGGCUGCUCGUCCUGUUCUUCACCUUCGUUCUAGUCAAUCUUGCGGUGGUGUAUGCUGGAGAUAGCCUGCCUGCCCACCGCAUCGCGCUGUCCUCGCGACGCCCAGACGGUACCAGAAACACCACUGCUGCUGGUCGAGUCAAGCUGCAAAACUACGGCAACGUCCAAUACGUCGGCGAGUUGUCGUUUGGAAGCCCGCCGCAGAUGCUGACAGUCGUAUUCGACACUGGUAGCAGUGAUACGUGGAUCCCUGGCAUCUCGUGUGCAGAGUGUGGCUUUCACAGCGCGUUCGACUACACUCAAUCCACAACGUUCAUCGACACGCACGAAAAGUUCCUCGAUUCGUACGGAAGCGGCGAAGUUGGUGGCGUCGUUGGGGUCGACACGAUUGGAUUUGGUCCGUUCAGAGUGCCGAACGUUCGAUUUGGCGUGGUGACGGAAGAAACCGAGUCCCUUGGGAUGUUCAUUGCCGAUGGGUUGGUUGGUCUUGGCUUUGAGAGUUUGGCCAAGAUCUCGCGGCCGACGUUGUUCACGACCCUGGCAUCGCAUUUCACGGAAGUGCGCAACAUGUUUGCCAUGUACAUGACAGCCGAACCGAAUCAGGAAGGAUCGGAGCUGCAUCUGGGUGGGUACGACCUGUCCGUCGUGGGUGACAACGCGUCGUGGCACUUUACUCCAACCGUCAAGCUUCCAGGUUUCAACGCGUUCACGUACUGGGCUGUCCAGAUGAAUGGCUUUUCGGUGCGCAACGAGACGGACAACCACUGUGAUCCGUUCUGCUAUGCCAUUAUCGAUACGGGCACGUCGUUAAUCAGUAUCCCGGAGACGCAAUACACCGAAAUUGUCCAAGCCAUCACGCGGGGACUGGCCUGCGAUGGGCUCACGUGCCACGAUGUGACCCUGGAUAGCUUUCCCCCGCUCAAGCUUGGCAUGGUACCAGACAACGUCUUUACCCUCCAACCGCGGGACUACAUUUCCUGCGACGCGCGCAAGACAUGCCGCAUCCAGUUUCAAAACUCGGGCGACGAAGCGUGGUGGGUGCUCGGCGAUAUCUUUAUCAAGACGUACUACACACUCUUUGACGUGGACAAUCUCCGUGUCGGGUUUGCAUGCAACGGCGACCUUUGCAAAGGCGGUCGCGGCGCCAUCUACGGCGACGACUCGGACACCACGUUUGACAUGUGGGAGAAUGCGUUCUUACUCGGGUCGGUCUUUGCGGCGGGGUCGCUGCUCCUGUUUGUGUUUUACAUGCACCAGCACAACCUGCCGUCCCUGGACCCCAUGCACCCCCCGCACGGCACCGACGGCAAGACGCCGGUUCUCGCGACCACUCACCUCGACGUCAAGUCGCCACUCUUGACGAUGGAGCAGUUUCGGAACCUAAAUACAUCCCCGAAAGGGCCGAUCGUCACGUCGUACGCUGAAGCACGACGUAACUACAGCCAGCUGCCCACGGCCGCCCCGCCUGCCGAGAAACCGGCGACAGUCGUGUAGUAGCACCGUCUCACGUUGUUUCAAUAAAAGUUGCUAGGACGCGUCUGCUUGCAUGCAGUCUGUCGAAGACGUCCACGGGAUGGCGAUUUCAAAGUGUGGACAGCCACGUCCACGGAUUCAACCAUCAGCAUUCAUGUCAGAAAGCAAAAUGCAAUGGGUCAAGGUCGCUCCUACAGAGAAUCGACGGAGUCAGCCGCAUGAGCUCGCGGCAUCCCAAUAGAUCGAGUGGCGAAAGGCUGCUUCCUCGUUUAUUCCUCUUCGUACUCGGAUUCGAUCCCGUCGUCGCUGGAACUGUCAUCCGCCAAUUCCAUGGCUUGCUCAAGUAGUGCGCCGCCAUCGCUGGUGUCGCUGUGCACGUCAACAAUGUCCUCGUCCCCAUCUUCGGCCUCAUCGUCAUCGACCGCUUGGUCGUCCAGCGUCUCUGCUGAAGAAAUCGUGUGCAAAUACGACACGACAAUGGGUCGUUGUGCGUGCUUGGCCGCCUUCAUGGCCUCCUCGAUAGAUUUUCGUCGAUUCGAGUUCGACAGGAUCCACUUGACCAUGUCCAAGUGACCGCCAGCGGCAGCAAUGACUGCCAUUCCAUCCAUCUCGGACCAAGUCGAGUAAACUUCGACGAGGUGGGCUAAGAUGGGCAGCGAGCCAUUCGCGGCGGCGCAAGACAUUGCGUUCAAAACGUUGAAAUGCGUACGGCCAGUUAAGGUCAGCCACUCGACUAACUUGAGACAGUUAGCGUCGACGGCCCACGUCAAUGCAUCGGGCGAGAUGUCAAUCUGCCGCUGAGGGUACAGCCACUGGACAACGUUUAAAUGGCCAUUGCGGCACGCUCCGUCAAAUGCAUCGGUCGUCCAGCCUUCUUGUCGAUGAGCGGCCAGCCAUUUUAAGAGAUGAAGAUGGCCGUUAGUCGCUGCACCGUCCAUCGCUCGACACGUACACGGGAACGCAACGUGGUCGAGGUAUUUCACGACGUCGGCAUGCCCACAAGUGGCUGCUUCGUCCAGAGCCGCCAUGGGGCGGUGGUGAUAAAGUGGAGCUAAUACCUUGACCACCUCCAAGUGGCCAUGCUUAGCGGCGCCGACAAGCGCCAGGUCUGGGGGAGUUGUCACGCAUCCGAGUCGCAUCGCCGAUUGCAGCAACGUCAAAUGCCCCGCGCUUGCAGCAUACGCCACGAUUUCGAGAGCCGCGUUGGCUCGGGCAUGACUGGGUUCCACCAGCGGAUAUAUUUUUUCAAACAUUUCCACAUCGUUGCACCAUGCACACGACUCCAAGGCAUUCA